GAAACUGAGAUCAUUAAGAAUUAACUGACAGUUUCAUGUAACAUAACUAAAAUAUAGCAACAACAAAAUCAGUAUCGACAACAAAAUACUGCGAGCAAUGCCCAAUAAUUCUCAGUAAUUCUAGUGGAAUACUUCGUGGUUUUCUAUGUAACGUAUAUAGGGUGGAAAUGAGUUGCAAAUUUAUCUGUGUAAUAAGUCAGUGAAUUCAUUACGUAGUUUCUGUGCUGAGUUGAUAAACUUCGCAGCAUCCUAUGAUUAUCAUUCAGAGGAUAUCAAACAGGCCGGUGCUGACCGAGAUUAGGCGUAAUUCAGUCAGUUGGAUGUGUACGCAAGUUAUUUUCUCCAGGAAAAAUAAAUUCAGAAAAAAGAUAUCUUUUAGUAUCGAAAAUCAACGCUCAGUGGCCAAGUGGUUGUUGCACAGAAGUCGCAGUGCUGCAGAAAAUUCAUCGAAAAUAAAUGAGACGUUACGACAAGGAGGCCUUAAGUGAAAGCACAGUACAUGUAUGGUGCAUAUAUUCUUAGAAAGGAGAUUGGUGUGUUGAAGACCAAAGAGGUGUUCCCUGUCGACGGCUCCUACUUCGACUGAUGAUCUAUGCUGAAAAGUCGCGCACAUAAAAGAGAUUCGGCAGAACAAAACAAACUGUAUCUCAUUCACUAAAAUCCCAAAUGGUGAUCGCCUCCCAACUAACCAGCCGGUGUUAAACGGUCAUAACAUGCGGUCGGUAAACAUGCGGUCAUCAUUGGAUCGGCUAACAUCUGUACGCAGUGGACUAUCUCAUCUCAUGGACAAUGCGAAGGACUAAACCUUUUCGAGGCAUCGCGCGGAGUAUCUAGUUGCUUAAUGCUCCAUAUAGAAAAUGAAACCCAACGUGUAGCGCUGCUACGGGUAAACGAUCUGAGAUGCGAGCAGUUGAAAUGGGAUACUAUCACGAUAAUAGUGGUGAGAAGUUUGCAAUCAGAAACAAUGAUUCUUCAUUGAAUCGUAUCGAUCACUCAAGAUUUCUCAACAACAUGCCUUGGGCGGUGAACGUCCAAAGACUUUGCGAGAGUGGCUGGCAUAGCAGAACGCUUCGAAGAUAACUAAAACAACUUCAAAUGCCAGUCAGCAGUUCCAUGAACUGAUUUGCGUCCAUUUUUAGUGCAUCGACCGCAAUGGAAUUUGGCCGGCUUUUGGCAAAACUGGCGCUCGGGCAUCAACGGUCGGCAUGGCGCACUUUGCUUAUCCUUGUCAUAUCAGUGAACUUUAUAGCUAUCCUUAUCAUGUGGUUUUCACUUGAUCGUCGCUGUCAGUCCCUCUCUAAUUUGCCAAUCGAGAAAUUGCAGGUAGUCGCGCAGCCAAUGAAAAUCGAUAAAAUGGCGUUGUUUCAGCGAGCUUUCGACCUCCCGAAUCAAAUGGUGACCGUCAUCUUUCGAGAGUUUGAGCCAUACAACCACGACCUCGAAGAGACGGCACUUUCUUUUCAUUCAAUAUUCUCUCGUAUGAAAAUGCUGAUCGUCUCCGACAGUGUGCUCUAUCCGCCUGUUCGCAAUUUACCCCUAAUGGCGGAAACCAUUCGCCUGGAAAAAUAUCUCACGGACCUACCCAAUGCAACAGUGUCAGUGCGCGUGAAAACCGACUACGUCCUUUUGGUACCUGAUAACGUGCGUUUGACCCAGCCCGCCGUGUUAACCGAAUUAGUCAAGUUACUCAUCAGUCAACCUGAUCGUAUGGCCGCAGUUUCCGUGGGCGGGGCCUUCCUUGUAGAUUGCCUAAGCCUGCAGGUAGACUCGCGCCAAUGGACACUGAAGUAUCAAAACCGGGAAAAAUCUGCCAACUCAUGGACGUUGUGUGAUGCAAUUUCCGGUGAGCACGUAUUGCUCAUGUCCACUGCACUUUUGUUCUCUCUUCCGUUUCCCCUGGAACGACCGCUCUUUGACUCGAUCUAUGUGCAGACAGCACAGCGCGGUAUACAAGUCCUGCUGAUUGGAGAUUUGCAAAUCACCAAGCCAGUCUUUCGGUUGUUUCAGACAAAGCAUUUAAUCGACAAGCGUGACCAGUACCAAGAGUAUAGAAAGAGGGCGCUCUAUGAUAAGCUUGGCAUUAAGAAAGUGCAAAGAAACGGGUCGCACGUAGAGUGGUACGGGUGUAGUAAAAAUACGCAAAGAUGCUUUGGCACGAUUCAUGGAGACACACCUGAAUAUUUGUUCAAAGGCAGAUGGACCCCACCGUGUUGUCUAGACAACUUGCGCAUCACCGCUCGUCACGUGUUCUCGGUGCUGGAGGCGGCCAAUGUUCGCUAUUGGCUUGAAGGGGGAUCGUUGUUGGGAGCUGCUAGAAACGGAGAUAUCAUCCCCUGGGACUAUGACGUAGAUAUCGGAAUCUAUGAAGAGGACAUAGUCAAAUGCAGCUGGCUUGCUAACGUCGUUGAGAUAUUUAAAAAGUCGAACCCGAAAAUGGCCGGACGGAGGUCAGGACUGCGUGACCCCCAGGGAUUCGUAUGGGAGCACUCAGUGUCAUCGGAAGGUACUUUCCUACGGGUGCAAUACUCGGAAACUAAUCGUGUACACGUUGACAUAUUCCCGUUUCGCUCAAACGAUGGCGUAAUGACCAAGGAUACGUGGUUUAAAAAUCACCCACAGGACCGGGAAUUUCCGGAAGCAUUCCUCAAGCCUCUAACAAGAAUAAAGUUUGCGGGGACGUACGCUUCAGCCCCUAAUAAUGUGACACGGUUCCUUGAGUUUAAAUUCGGCAAGGGUGUUCUGGAAAAUCCUCAGUACCCUAAUCCAGAUUUGUUGGUGUUAAAAACCAAAUCCUGAUACGAAUUUUGAAAUAGCCAUUCAAAUGUGAAAAUGGUAACGACUUUGUAUAUACAUUUGAAGUGUUUUACAGCCGACUGUUUUGGAACAGGUACUGUUCUCUAUUCUUCAAGGCAUCGGACUUCGGAAGUGAAUUUGUGCUCGUAGCGAGACUUUGUACAAUAUUGUGUAGCGAUACUAAAUAAGUAGGACCGAUUAUAUCACCGAGUAUGUCUCAGUUUAACGAGGUUCCGUGCAAACAUGCUAAAUAAACAAGACUGGGUAAGAUGAAAUGGACUAAUUAUUUGUGCUAGUGUCAAAAGUGUAAAUUUUAAAGGAGAGUAUGAUAUAAGAACCAUUAUGCGCAGUCCAAAAAGGAAGUAGCGCUUAAACGUCAAUUUAAGAUAAAUAUACGUGAUUUGCUGAGUUACAGAAAUCGGCUUGUUGGCAUUUCGUCGAAUUGCUUCUUAUUAUUCAAACAUUGGACGUGUCAGUUGUAGACAUAUGUAAAGUUAAACACAUCGUAACUUAAGUGAAAUAACGCUGAUCAAAAGCCCAGAAGCCGUCCAGGCCGACCCAUCUCGAUCCAUGCACAUCGUCGAAACGUACGCCAAAAAAUGGUUCGACUUCCUGGGAGUGGUGUCGUCCUGCAGUAGAUGUCCAGAUGCAUUUCAAGACCAGUCAUAAACACCUUACAAUUACGAGGUUGGCAAUACUGGCUUUAUUAUCAUACAGUUUUUACCUGACUUGCGUCCGGGUAUCUUCAUAAUGCGCCUUGCAACGCAUAGCAAUAACGAGCUGUGACAUUCGGCUGUACUCGGUUAUUAUCUACUAUAUGACAGCUGUAUUCCGUAUUGUUCUGUAGCUUUUCUUAGAAAAUAAAAAGUAUUAAUAACCUAGCAUGAAUUUGGGUACGCAAGCUUCGUAGUCUUUGUGAAAUGAAUUUACCAUGAUGAGCUAUCGAAGUCCCUUAAAAGUUCGAGUUAGACAUAAGCUUUACAUUCAA